AUGAAAGUAACACGAGUUCCGUUUUUUGACAAUAAAGGAAGGCUAAAAUAUACUUGGGAACAGAAUCUGGAUGAAGUUAUUUUAUAUUUCACAGCAGAAAACUUGUAUUUUAGUGAAGAAAAAGUUAUGGAAUGUACAAAAAAAGUACUCAAAGAAAAUUUAUGUGUUAAAAUAAUGUGUAACAGGCUUAAAAUACAAAAUAAAGCCACCAAUUCUGAUAUCUUUGAUAAUGAUCUUUUCGAUACAAUUGAUACUUCGGAAUCACUUUGGUAUAUUGAAAAUAACGAACUCAUUGUACAGUUAUCAAAGAUGAGAAAAGGAUCUGUUUGGAAUUCAGUUAUUAAAAGUGAUGAAAAUUCUAUUAGUUAUAUUGAUGUCGAAAAUAUGAAAAAAGAAAUGAUGUUAGAAAGAUUCCAAAGAGAGAAUCCAGGAUUUGAUUUCUCAAAUGCUGAAUUUAAUGGAAAUAUACCAGAUCCACGUAAUUUUAUGGGUGGUCUUAGGCAAUAUUAG